AUGUACAGCAUGCACCGUAGCAGGACUGCCCGACGCGCUGAGGGCGGCCUCUCGCUGCCGCUGCCGCUGCCGCACCGCCUCAAGCAUCCCUCCACCUCGUCCGCAAACGGCCCCAAUUCCACCCCCAGCUCUGCGCCCGCAUCGCGCACAAACAGCCCACGCAUCCGCGCCAUGUCCGACCAGCCCGCUGCCGGCCUGGUGUUGAGGGCCAAUGUCAUCAAGGGCAGGAAUCUCGCUGCAAAAGAUCGGAGUGGCACGUCUGACCCGUAUCUCGUCCUCACGCUCGGCGACACCAAAGUCACCACGCCCGCCAUCAACAAGCAGCUCAACCCAGAAUGGAACGAGACGCUCGAGCUGCCCAUUGUUGGCGACCAGAGCCUGCUGCUCGAGGUCGUCUGCUGGGACAAGGACCGCUUCGGCAAGGACUACAUGGGCGAGUUUGACGUCAUACUCGAAGACCAGUUCCAGAACGGCCUCACCCACCAGGAGCCCCAGUGGAUCCCGCUGCAGGCGCGCCGCUCGGGCAAGAAGAAGUCGGUCGUCUCGGGCGAGAUCCAGAUCCAGUUUUCGCUCAUCGACCCCCUCAACCUCGCCGCCACCCCCGAGCAGAUUCUGCAAAAGUUCCUGGCCAUUGCCGGCCAGACGCCCAGCCCCGACGAGGACGACGACGAAUUGCUCAUGCGCGGCGACAGCAACGGCACCGACGCCGAAGACGACGACGACGACGACUCGAGCUCAGACGAGGCCCACGACGAGUCCAAAAAGGCCGAGAAGCGCGAGAAGCGGCGCAAGAAGCUCAAGCUGGCUCGCAUGAAGCGAAAGGUAAAGGGCCACACGGUCUACGAAUACUCCAACAGCAGCGAUGUCGCCGGUGUGCUCUUCCUCGAGAUCCAGCGAUGUUCCGACCUGCCGCCAGAGCGCAAUGUCACUCGCACCACAUUCGACAUGGAUCCCUUUGUCGUGACGUCGCUCGGAAAGAAGACGUACCGCACCAAAACCAUCAGACACGACCUCAACCCCGUGUUCGAAGAGAAGCUCGUCUUCCAGGUCCUGCGCCACGAGACCAACUACUCGGUCAACUUUACCGUCAUGGACAAGGACAAGUUUUCAGGAAACGACUACGUUGGCACCGUCAACUUUCCCCUUGAAAAGGCCGUUUCCACAGCGCCCCAAGAAGACCCGGAGACGGGGCUCUACAAGCUCCUCGAGCCAUCAGAUUCGCCGGGCAUCUCGCCGUCCGACGGUGGUUCCAAGAAGUCUCGCUUCCGCCUGCCACUCUCCCGCUCGGGGUCUACUCACAGCCUUUCACGCUUGGGUCGGCCCUCGCUGAAGAAGGAGAGCUCGAUUGGCUCGCUCUCUGCGCAAGAUGCGGCUGGAAAUGCCUCUUCUUCUCCCUCCCCGGCUGUCACACUGAGCGCCACAACCGACUCAAACGGCAACCUCACCCCGGGCAGCACCAUAAAUCUUCAACCAUCUGCUGUAGACGACGAGGAUUUGAAGCUGUAUACACUUCCCCUGGAGCUGAAGCACCAAGAGCGCUGGGAGAACAAGCACAACCCGACUCUUUACAUUCGUGCCAAGUACCUCCCUUACAAGGCGCUGAGGCAGCAGUUUUGGCGAGCCAUGCUCAAGCAGUACGACGCCGAUGAGAGCGGCUUGCUUGACAAGGUGGAGCUGACCACCAUGCUCGACACGCUUGGCUCUACGCUACACGAGUCCACCAUUGACAGCUUCUUUGAGCGCUUUGCUGAUCGGCACAACGGAGACCACCUUCUUACGUUUGACGAAGCUGUCAUUUGUCUCGAGGACCAGCUGCAGGCCACCGAAGCGAAGAAUGCCAAGAGAAACGGGUCUUUUGCAUCGGGCACCCCUACACCCCAAACUUCUGGAAUGCUCACUCCCAUCAACCAGGACAGCUCCACGACUUCCAUCCCAGCGCUCGAGACGGCCACACUGGGCAAGGAAGGCGAAGAGGGAGCCGACAUUCAGAUUGACGACUUGGCGGAUGACAAGGGUGAGGAGCACGUUAUCGAGAUUCGUGAAUGUCCCAUCUGCCACCAGCCCAAGCUCAACAAGCGAUCGGAUGCCAACAUCAUCACCCACAUUGCCACGUGUGCAAGCCAGGACUGGAGACAGGUCAACAACAUUGUCAUGGCCGGGUUUGUCACUUCAAGCCAGGCGCAGCGGAAGUGGUACUCCAAGGUCAUCACCAAGAUUUCGUACGGUGGCUACAAACUGGGCGCAAACUCGGCCAACAUCCUUGUCCAGGAUCGCCUUACGGGCCAGAUCAACGAAGAGCGUAUGAGCGUCUACGUCCGCCUGGGCAUUCGCCUGCUCUACAAGGGCCUCAAGGCGAACAACAUGGAAAAGAAGCGAAUUCGCAAACUGCUCAAGUCGCUGAGUUUCAAGCAGGGAAGGAAAUACGACGACCCCGCGUCAGCCUCAGAAAUUGUGCCUUUUAUCAACUUCCACCAGCUCGACAUGUCGGAGGUGCUGUUGCCCACGGAUCAAUUCAAGAACUUUAACGAGUUCUUCUACCGAGCGUUGAAGCCAGGCGCGCGUCCAUGCUCUGCGCCCGAUGACCCAAGGGUCAUCGUAUCGCCGUCCGACUGCCGAAGCGUUGUCUUCAAUACCAUUGACGCAGCACAGGCCAUCUGGGUCAAGGGUCGCGACUUUACCCUUGAGCGCCUGCUUGGCGACGCUUAUCCGGAAGACGUAAAGCGCUACCAUGGAGGCUCACUCGGCAUAUUCCGACUGGCGCCCCAAGACUACCAUCGGUUCCACAUCCCUGUCGAUGGAGUCUUGGACGAGCCCAAGACGAUUGAGGGCGAAUACUACACAGUAAACCCAAUGGCGAUCCGCUCGGCUCUGGACGUGUACGGCGAAAACGUCCGCGUGCUGGUGCCCAUCGACUCUGUCGCCCACGGCCGUGUCAUGAUUGUUUGCGUAGGUGCCAUGAUGGUCGGCAGCACCGUCAUUACGCGCAAGAAGGGCGAGCAGGUCAAGCGUGGCGAAGAACUGGGCUAUUUCAAGUUUGGCGGCAGCACUCUGCUGCUCCUCUUCGAGCCUGGCCAAAUGCGAUACGACGAGGACCUUGUUGACAACUCCAACUCUGCUCUCGAAACUCUGGUCCGUGUUGGCAUGUCUAUCGGCCACAGCCCUAACCGGCCAGCCCAUGUCCCUGACAUGCGCAAAGCCAAUCCCACCCAUGAAGAGAAGCAGGAUGCCAAGCGCCGUAUCGAAGGCAGCUUAGCACCUGCCGGCGUCAAGGGACCCAUGCCUGGCGCUGGAAUGUAGAAUUAAUAGACGCUGUCGAAAAGGCACAGAAACCCAAAAUCGGAAAAUCGGACGGGCUGGGGGGUAAUCAAUACUGUUGUCGCGGUGCACCUGGAGUAAUGAGGUAAUGAUGGGACAUGAUGAGAGCAUACGGAUUAGCGGCAUGGGUCAGUCGCUUUUUCUUGGGCGUUUGGGUGCGUUUGAUGGGCAACAGGCGGAUAGGGAGCGCAAAAGCUGUGUGUACUGUUUGUUAUGUGCUGAGCCAAGUCUGUACCCUUAUAGAUAUAUACAUACACAUAUACAUAUAUAUACUU